CAGCUCGGAAGGAGGCGUGGGCAUGGAGCCGGCUGGGGACGCGGAGCGGGGGGCUGGCGCCGCUGCCUAGGGCGCCCCGUGGGCUCCUUGGGGGCACGGCCCGGUGCUGCGCGGAUGGCCCUGCUCCCGCGGCCCGCGUUCGCCCUCGUCCUCCUCUUCCUGCCCGCCGCUCUCAGGUGCCAGGAGCAGGCCCAGACCACCGACUGGCGGGCCACCCUGAAGACCAUCCGGAACGGCGUUCACAAGAUAGACACGUACCUGAACGCCGCCUUAGACCUCCUGGGAGGCGAGGAUGGGCUCUGCCAGUAUAAGUGCAGUGACGGAUCUAAGCCCUUCCCACGUUAUGGUUAUAAACCCUCCCCGCCGAAUGGAUGUGGCUCUCCACUGUUUGGUGUUCAUCUUAAUGUUGGCAUCCCUUCCCUGACAAAGUGCUGCAACCAACAUGACAGGUGCUAUGAGACCUGUGGCAAAAGCAAGAACGACUGUGAUGAGGAAUUCCAGUACUGCCUCUCUAAGAUCUGCCGGGAUGUGCAGAAGACACUAGGACUAGCUCAGCAUGUUCAGGCCUGUGAAACCACAGUGGAGCUCUUGUUUGACAGUGUGAUACAUUUAGGCUGCAAACCGUACCUGGACAGCCAAGGAGCCGCAUGUAGGUGUCGCCACGAAGAAAAAAGUGAUCUUUAAAGACGAUGCUCACAGUUGGUGACAGCAGAUAAGGACAGAAGAAGAUAGCCUUUGACAAAGAACUACUGUUUUUACAGCAUAAUGCUGCCUUAUUUUUGUGAAAGGAUUAUUUUAAGACUUUAUUUUGACAUUAAAACUUCAAACUAAAGAAAAAAGUGGGGGAGGUGAUCUUCCUGGACGUUGCUGCCUUAGUGUACCGAAUUGUCUUGACCAACCUCAGAAAGAGGUGCAUGUUAAGGGGAGAAUAUUUUAAAAGGAGGAGUCUGUAACUCAGUUUUCACAACUGUAUUUACCAAAACAAUGAAGUCAAAUGUGAAACUGAUUACAAGGUAUGUUGAACAUUAUCUUAUUUGGAAAUAUGGGAAAAUCUUCACUUAGAAGUAUUUGUUUACUAUAAAAAUUUAAAUAUACAUUUAUUCCUGGAAGGCUCUGACUUUAUUUUUUCUCUGUUUUAAUUAACACAUAACAUGCUGCUGUUUUCCCGUAGCCAAUUGAGCACUUCUAUUAAUGACCAGACUAGUUAUAAGGACAGAGUUUCCAUGUUUCUUUUUCUUAUAAAAUUGGAACCAUCAGCUGGUGGCCUCUUAGGGAGCAAACCAGGAUAUCUAGCUAUUAUGUAAUGUGUCUAGAAGGUGACAUGAACAAAAAUCAGAAGCACAGCCACUUGCAUUUUAUGAACCAUCCAUAUGACAAAUAUCAUAUUUUGCUAUAACCUUUGCCUAAAUUGAAGAAAAGGUGGAUUUAAUGAGACAAAUGAAAAGUUCUUUCACAUACACAUUAGAACAUUAUAUGCCGCUAUGCUUUGGUGUUCAUUCUCUAGCACUUGGUCCUCAUAGUAGAUUCAGGUAUAUUUUUAAGAAGUCUGUAACCUUUUCCUAAUAGUGGUCUUAAUAAAUAUUGUUCUUGAUAUUUUUUUUAAGUCUUUUAACUGUGGAGUCAGAAGGGAUGGUAAAGCAAGAUGCAAAGAACUAUCUUUUGUAGAUUUCUUAUUUACAUUGAAAAUUACUAGCAGAUAUUUGAAAGCAAAUCCCAGGACCUCCGCUGCCUCUGAAAACGUCUCUAUGUGUUGGAAGCUUUUGCACCCCUUGGAAAGCGCAGCUGUACUCCUCUACUGCUCUUUGCCCACCACUGGCUGUCCGCUUUCCCUUGCCUACGAUCCCAAGCCACAGAAAGCUUGUGGGUAACCUAUAGCCACAGUUAUUAAUAUAACUGCUUGGAAUGUCAGAGAAGGACAGCUGCAGAAGAAGUGGUUCUUUUUUAAGUCAGUACAGGCAGAAAUGGGCAGAGAGAAAAAUAUGUUCUGGAGAAGGGGCCACAUUCCUAACUUUGAAUAGAUACCAUUGCUAAAAACCUAAUAACUUCCCAAACUGAGAUGAUGGAGCUUUUCUGCUAAGAGAUGUGUUCUCUGUGAGACAAGGCAAGGGUAUCCCUGUGACUAAUUGAGCAAACUGGGCUCUAACAUAAAUGUUUAGAACCCUUAAUUGAUACUUUUCAGACUUUUUAAAAGGUAACAGUUUUAUAAGCCAUUAUCCGUAAUCUUUACCAGUAUUUACUAUCGAAAUACUUGACCAGGUAACUUUAAACUUACAAUAAAUUCAUGGAUUUUCUUGGCAGCAUUGGCUUUCUCAAGAGGACAGACUCAGAAUUCUAUGGAAUAUUUAAUUCAUGGUCAUAAAUUAUAUACAAAGAUCAGUAGAAGCUGUUUUUAUAUGUUAAGAUUUUUAUCUUGGAAUAAUUUUAGAUUUACAUAAAAGUUGCAAAGAUAAUGCAGACUUGCUGUAUACUCCUUACCCCUAAUGUUAACAUUUUACAUAACCGUGAAAACAUUUGUUAAGAAACCAACAUUGGUAAUUGCGAUUAACUAAACUCUAGACUUCA